AUGUUGAGCGCUCGUAACUUUGGCUUAAUUCUUGCCCUCUGCGUUAUUAUUCGGGUAUUACCUGACCUAACUUUUGAAUAUAAGGAUACUAUCUGUCCGUAUUCGCAUGUAGAACGCAGAUUCAAGGCUUCAGACGCGUUCUUUCUAGAAAAGCAUGUGGUCAAUGCUCCUUUCAUACGUCGUUCUCGAGCAAGCCGAUAUUUCGCUGGUAGAGUUCAGUACAGCACGAACGGCGCGAGUACCUUCCAAAUACAACGGGACCUACUCGUCUGCGGCGAUAUAUCGUCGACCCUGGCCCUGCGAAAGGCAAAGGUAAGCCCAAGUUUCCAUGCCGCGAGUGUAGUAAGCCAGUGA